GCCCCCGUCAAGCUGGAUUUUCAGACAGACACAUCCUCCCAGCAGAAUGUCUGGCUCAGGCGUGAAGUGUGUCACCACCCCUUGUGUCACCUCCUGCCCAGAUGCCAAAGUGGUGGUCCAUCCACCCCCACUGGUCCUGACCUUACCUGGACUGAGCCUCAAGACCUCUCCGAAUCAGUGCCUUGUGGAAAGCCAGACUUCAUGCCUCACUAAUGGCUGUGAGGUGAGCUGUGAUCCGGGCUCCAAGGCCAUUGUCACCAAAACUUCAGGCUUGGUUGCUCUUUCUGGUGGAGAUACUCCUUGUUGUACAACCACCUGCCCUGAUUCUCAAGUGGUGAUUCAGCCUCCCCCGGUCUGCAUCACCAUCCCGGGUGCAGUCCUCACCAGCUACCCCAAUGAGUGCCUCAUCUCAAGCUCAACCAACUGUAUCACCAGUGGCGUCCAACGCCCUGCAUUGCCCCGUUCCACAUCGGUCUCCGAUUGCUCCCCCACUCCACCAGGUCUAACUCGCUCAGCCUCCGUCCCAUCAGGACUCAACAGCUCAGCCCGAUGCCUAACACAAGGACCUUCAAACAAAGUGGUGAUAUACCCUCCACCAAUUGAGAUCACCAUUCCUGGCCCUGUCCUUGAGAUAGCUGCAGAAGAGUGUACUGUGGAAGUCUACAACCCUUGCACUGAUAACAACGCCCUGACUGGCAGUGACCAGGCGGCCAUCACCAGCGGUGACGAGGGUGAAGUCAAAGCUCUAAUUCCACGGGCCAGAAGUUGCACCACGGUAUCUGGGCUGAUGGACACUUCAACCUGCAUUUCCCAGGGACCAGAGAUGAAAAUUGUUAUCCAGCCCCCUCCUAUUGAAAUCGAGCUUCCGGGACCUAUCCUGGAAGUUUUUCCAGAAGCGUGUAAGGUAGAAACUCUGAGUCCAUGUCCUCCAAAACCCGAGGCCAUCACUGGUAAUGAGAUCAAAGCCCUCUGUGACAGCAAGAUGCCCUCAACUGCCCUUGUGGCUGCCACCACCAGCAUAAAACGCCCACUGCCCGAUGUCCGACGUCCUCCUCGACCCUGGGCUGAAAUGUACAGCCGGUCAAUGACACCCCGUAGCUUUGCAUUAGCGCAACAAUCCCGACUGGCAAAAUACCGCAACGCCUUCUCCUCCUCCUCCUCCUCCGUCAAGGAGAGUCAUUGUGCUGCUGUAAAGGAAGAGGACGGGGUGGUGUUCGCUGUGUGUCUCCCAUCCAGCAAACUCAGACAUCUGUCUGCUGCGGUGGUGGCCGCCGAGGAAGCUCUGGCCAAACCAUCAUCGUUCUCCCAGGCAGCGGUGGUGGAGAUGGAUGUUGUUGCAGAGGAAGAAGAGGCUCCAGUGGUGGAAGAUCUGGCCAGAUCAUUAUAUCACCUGGAGGAGGAAGUGGAGGUGGACAGUCUUCUGAAUGCUGCAUUGGAGGAGGGAUCUAUCCGAAGCAGAGAAGCAUAUAUUAUUUCUUCGUGGCACAGCAAUUCAAAAGUCCUGGAAGACGUGGUCAACUUCACUUGCACUGUUUGCAGCAUUGGGAGCAGCAUUGGGAUGAUUGACCACAACAACCCGAAGAGCAGCAGCAGGGAGAACAGCAGCACGGAGAACAGCACGGAGCACAGCAGCACGGAGAGCAGCAGCACGGAGCACAGCAGCAUGGAGCGCAGCAACUGGGACCACAGCCACAGCCUCCAGUGGGCAUACAGAUGA